AUGGCCGAGACAUAUCCGAUACCUUUCCAUGUAUCACUAAACACGCCUAUCAAAAAGAUUCAAAAUUUAUCGAUAAACUCAUCAUCACCACCACCACCACCACCACCACCAGCAUUACCACCUUGUCGUUAUUCAGACAUGGAAGACACAUUGACGUCUCCUACUGCUACCACAAUGUACAACAAGGGCUACUCACAUAAAUUAACAAACAACGUGCUAUCUGAGCUAAGUAAUAGAGCCGAACAAAUCAGUUAUGAGCUCAACCCAUCUCCUAACAUACCAGAUGAAACUGCCAAAAGGAGAAAUAAACGAUAUACCAGUUUGCAUAGUAAAUACAAGCAACUGGACUCUAUAAGCCAUCAUUACUCAGUACACCAACCAGGCAAGAGAAGACGAACCUUAAAUGAGAAUAACGAGAUUGUAGCUAUUGCUGGGGAAAAGAGUCAAGUGGAGGAGAGGAAAGAAAUUACAAGAAAGAUAUCACCCACUAAGAUAUCACCUAGUAAGAUCUCACCCAGUAAAGCCUCGUUCAACUUACAUUCUCUUUUGGUUACCGAAACCGGAUCUCCUAACAAGCUAGAGGUACUAAAUUCUAAUAGGAAUGUGCCAAUACUACAGAGGAAGCUGUCGAUACCAAUACUACAGAGGAAGCUGUCGAUACCCACAUUAAAACCUAUACCAGCACCGCUGGGGGUAUCAGCGGUGCUGAUACCCCAAUUGCAGAGAAAGCUGUCAAUACCCACAUUACAGAGAAAGCUGUCAAUACCCACAUUACAGAGAAAGCUGUCUAUACCCACAUUGCAGAAAGAGUCAUUGAAAGACUUUUCUAGCCAUACUUCUUUCCCACGCAACUCGUCGAUACAACCACCUCAUUUACCUCUUUCACCUGUUUGCGCGGCAAUGAGACCGCCAGUGAAGACCACCACCACCACCACCAAUUUAUCACGAAUGAGUCCGUCCAAGUCCCUUUCAUCGAUGAAACAGGAAAAAGCACAGCACAGUAGUAGAGUCCAUCAGAAUACUAUAAUAAAAUCCAAAUCAAUUACUAUUCCACAACCAUUUUCACUAUAUGAUAAGCCCACUAUCUCGUCAUCGCAGAGAUCGCUAGAGACUAGACGAGACUAUCGAGACACACUAUCGAGACUACCGAGCAGAGCGAGGUAG